AUGCACUCAACCCCAAAUCCUACCUCCAAACCAACUCAUCUCAUCCUGCUCACCUGCCACGCCAUCUAUGUUUCCGGACCUCCAGAGCUCGAAUCCUCAUGGCUGCUGGCUCCCUUCCAAAAAGAGGGUCACGAAUGGAUGACUUUUAUCAAGCAUAUCUUGCGUGCGGCAGGAUUGUGGAAGGAGGAUGAGAGUAGUUUGUUGGUUAUUAGUGGGGGGUGUACGAGGGGAGAGGUGGAGAGGAGUGAGGCGAUGGGGUAUUUUGAAGUGGGGGUGGAGAGGGGGGUGUGGGGAAGGGGGGAUUUAGUUACUGAAGUGAGGAGGGGGAGGGGAGAGGGAAGGAUUUUCCUGGAGGAGGAGGCGCUGGAUAGUUAUGAGAAUUUGGUGAGGGGCUUGCUGGCUUUUUGGAGAGGGACGGGGGAGUGGCCGCGGAGAAUUUCGAUUGUGAGUCAUGGGUUUAAGAGGGAGAGGUUUGAGGAGUUGCAUUGUGGGGUUUUGGGGUUGGGUAUGGGGAUGGGGAUUUGUUUAAAGGGGGAGAGGGGGGUGGAAGAUGACGGGGAUGAGGACGCGGAUGGAAUGGGCGGGAAAGGGAAGGGGAAAGGAGUGGAAGUUAUUUUUGAAGGAAUCAAUCCUGAGUUUAUGGAUGAAGAGAGUAGGGAGUUUGAUCGCGAGAAAUGCGAGGAUACGGUGAAGGGGGAGAGGGAAAGGGGGUAUGGAGAGUGGAAACGAGAUUUGUGGGGGACGGGGAGCGUGUUGAGGAUGAAGAGGGGUGGGAGGGAUAAGUGGGGUAUUAAAGGGGAGGAGAGAAAAUUGUUUGAGAGCGAGGAGGAGAGAGUGAAAAGUGGACUGAGCACGAGGUGGUUGGAGGAGGGAGAGGGAGUAAGGAGAGAAGAGGUGAUUAAGGAUGGAGAGGGAGUAAGGAGAGAAGAGGUGAUUAAGGAGGGGGGGGUUCUGCCUUGGAAUUGUUAG